AUGGAUAAUGACCAAACCGAUGAACAAAACAACAACGAUAUAACUACCACAACAACUACCAAACAUAAUGUGGACAAAUUAUUUGUACAUUACACACAUGAAAAACGUUUCGAACCAUUCAAACGAGAUAUGCAUCAUCUGUACGAUGAUAUAUUUCGAACUACACCAGCAGUGGAAGCAAAGUUAAUCGUCGGUAUUCGUAACCGUCGUGAUACAAAAAAUGAAUUAAUAUGUAAACGACCCAACAAAAACAUACUGCGCGACAUAUUCACUCAACGUAAUAGUUAUGAUGAGCAACAAAAUGUGUUUACUGUUGAACGACUAUCACGAUCGUUUGUGAACAAUAUUGUGUGGAGCUACGGUAGGGACAAUUCGGCUGCUUAUUUUAUGGGUUACAAAAUUGAUGGUGCAAGUGCUUCCUCGUUUACUUCACUUGGGGGUGGUUACGGUAAGGAUAGUUCAAGUGCUUAUUUUAAGGGUAAAAAAAUUGACGGUGCAAGUAGUUAUUCGUUCACUGCACUUGGAGGUGGUUACGGCAAGG